UGUACAGCGUCAACCGUUUGAGACUGUCAUUGUAUUUGUGUGUCAUUUGAAUAUACAGAGUGAAAAACGCGGUAAGCGGCAAAUUCAUAAGAAUGAAACUGUCAAAAUCAAAGUCGACCAAAUAACAUUUCUAGCAAUUGCCAGACAUAAUUAAGCAGAAAAAUUAAUUUCUUUUUUGCAAAGUGUAAAUUGCAAACAAAAUACAAUGACAACGUUGGAAGAAGAAGUAUCAAAGCCAGAGCUAACCCUCGAUGAAUUGGGCGAAGAUUGUUUAUUUGAAAUAUUGAAUCGAUUGCCGGCAAAAAAUUUGUAUGCAAUGGCUGAUACAUGUACACAAUUUUUGAGUUUGGCGUCAAUUCAAUAUCGACGAUUGCAUCCAGAAAAGUAUAUUCGUGUGUCAAUAGUCGACGAAAAAAUUGAAGUGACACCCAACGAACACGAUGUGAAAAAAUUCGGAUGGAAGUUUCUCAAUUUGAUCAUUUGUGGAGAAGGACGUCAUUUUCGGUGGAACGAUGGUAGUCUCAAUUGUAUUUUGAGCGAUUGCAGUAAAAAUUUGCAAAUGAUUCGAUUCGAAAAGGCAAUGUUGAACGGUUUGCAUUUGAAUGUGUUGAAAAUGAUGUGCAGUCGCACCGAAACAAUUGUUCUACACGAAUGUGGCAUAAAUGAUGAUAUCUACGAUUGUUUGCUGAAUGCAUGUCACAAUUUAAAACAACUCAUCAUCUCCGAUUCGUACACCAUAAUUGAUCCGGAAUAUGGAAGUAAAUGGAUGCAACAAAAAUAUCCACUGUUGACAUGUGUUCAAAUUUGUUCGAUGACAUUGUUGCCGUUCCAAUCAAGACAUUGGGAACAAUUUUUCCGACAAAAUCCGCAAAUUCAAAGUUUUGCCUGCGAUCAUUGGUAUUCUAUUGACCGCAACGAUCGUCCAAUUAAGGUGAUUAAGGAAAAUGCACCGAAUCUAUCACGAUUGUAUAUUUCAUUGCGUGGAAUUGGACAUUUGAAUGGUACUUACUACGAUUUGAACGAGCUAUGCAAGAGCGAACAUCUGAAGGACCUUGAAUUACAGUUCACCGGCACGACAGGCAUGCAGUAUUUGAUGCGCCAUUCAAAAAUACUUGGUACAAUGGAACGAUUAAGCACUCUUCAUCUGAGUAAUAUAAUCCUAUCGAAAGAGUUUGUGCCAGCCAUCACCGCGCUAACAAAAUUGAAGCGAUUGAACUUUGUUUCGACCACUUUUACCACUGAAGUUGCUGAAUUUCUUUCGAAAGGAUUGCCAAACUUGGAAGAAGUUUACUGUGAUGUGUUGAACGAUAUUACAUCAUUCGUAAUACACGCACCAAAUCUCAGGAAGAUUGAAUUGACCAACACAGAAAUGGCUGAACUUCAUUUGGGAUGGGGAUUACUUUUCUUGGAUCAAGAACGAACAAAAAUUCACAAUGCAUGCCCAAUUAUCAUUUACAUCAAACGAAUUUCGGAAGAAAAUAAUGAAAAUCCGAUGCUUUCAAGCGGACUCAUUACAAUCAAACCAAUACCGCAGGACAAACGCAUACUGUCAAAAGUAGAAAAUACUUUCCUGAAUGUUUAGAAAAAUUCAUCAUUCCAUCGAUUUUUUUAUAUUGAUUUUCGAAUAGUAGAAUUAGUUCAUCAAUACAUAGGCCACAAUUUAUGAUUGUUUUACAUGUAAAAACCGAAACUGAUUUGAAAUUCGAAUUAAAAACCGACUUUGCU